UAUGGACAAAGCAUCAUCACAAAAUUGUAACUCUCUUAUAGAGUAUCUAACUAGAGUCGUCUUUAGAAUUUAAACUCGGGACUUGUGAUAUAAAUAUCCUUACAUUUUUUUGUUUAUCUAAAAAAAAUUAAACGUAAUAAAUAAUUAUGAAAAUCGUCACAGCAUUGAUUGUUGCCAUUUGCGCUGGAGUAGCAUCCGCCCAAUUACGUGGAGGAGUCCCAAUUCGUACGAAUUCGAAUUAUGAACGUGAUGCAGUCAUUUUGAAACAAAAUUACGAUUUAAAUCCCGAUGGUUCAUAUGCUUACAAUUUCGAAACUAGCAAUGGAAUUCGGGCCGAUGAGACUGGUUUCCUCAAGAAUCCCGGCUCACAAUUGGAAGCUCAGGUCAUGCAAGGAUCUUAUUCAUACACUGGUCCCGAUGGUGUAGUCUAUACCAUUACAUACAUUGCUGAUGAAAAUGGUUACCGUGCUGAAGGUGCACACAUUCCAACUCCACCACCAGUGCGAGCAAUUAAUGCUCCACCAAGAUAUAACUUCAAAUAAAGUCGCCAUUUUCAUAGAUAAUUCAAUCUAAAAAAAAACAAAAACAAAAACAAAAAAAAACCGUUACAUUGGCAAUAUAGCAAGGAUUAUAAGCUUUAACAAUAUAUUUCUCUCUCUCAAACAACAGUUUAUGAACAAGACAGCAAUAUAAAAUGAACCGAUAGGCAUUAGUUUUUUUUUUUCACAGAACUUUUCUAGAUUUUCUUCUUUUCUAUCUUUCUUUCUUUUUCUUAAAUAUUUUGUGAUUUUUUUUAUAUUUUUGUUUUGUUAAAUAUUCUGUAAAUUGAUUUUUAUUUUUUUAUUUUUUAUUAUUUUUUGUGAAUAAUUUUAAGAAACAAUUUAUAAUGUUAAUGAUAAUUUAAAUAAAAAAAAAAACAACGAGCAAAACUGCAAUACGAUUGCAAAUGAAA